UGGCCGGCAGGAAGAAACGCGCUGGUAGUGCGGGGAGCUGCAGCCAUGGAGGGGGUCACCGUCGGCCAGGUGUUUGACGCGGAGUGUAUCCUCAGUAAGCGGCCCAGGAAGGGAAAGUUCGAGUACCUGGUGAAGUGGAGAGGAUGGUCCUCCAAGCACAACAGCUGGGAGCCCGAGGAGAACAUUCUGGACCCCCGGCUGCUGGCAGCCUUCCACAAGAGAGAGCAGGAGCGCGAGCUUCUGUUUCAGAAGAAGGGAAAGAGGCCGAGAGGACGACCUCGAAAGAUUCAGCCGGCGCCCACCGUCACGAAGGACGACCGCUCCUCGUCCUCCUCUUCCUCUGGCCUGUCAUCAACCGCCUCCUCGUCUUCCUCAGAGGAUGAAGAGCACACAAAGAAGGUGAAGCCCGCCCCCCGCGUCCACCCCGUCCCUCAGAAGAGGCCUCAGAUCCUGCUCGCCAAACCCGACACCCCCCGAAAGAAGAAGCGAGGGAGGAAGCCGCUGCACCCCGACCUGAGGGCUCUGAGGCAGGCAAAGAGCCGCCCUCCCCCGCCGCCGUCUCCACCCGGUCCACGCCACCACCAGCUGCCCAGAGACGAGCCGCGGGCCAGCGUGAAGAAGCCGCUACAGCCGGCCAGCUUCACCUACACCGGCCUGAGCCGGAGCUCCAGAGAGGAGGCCGGCUCCGCCUCCCAGACCUCCUCCGCCUCCUUCUCCCAGGCCUCCAAACCCGGUGGGCUCGGCUGCAUUUGGACCAAUCGCUCGCUCGCAACCUCCUCCCUGUCCUCCGGCUCCACCUCCCAAAACAAAGCCACGCCCACCGCACAGAAUAAGAACUCUCUGUCAGAGCUGAAGCGCAACGUCCCGGAGAUCGGCAGAGGGGACGGCUUUAAGGUGACGCCUCUGAAGCAGGGCGGAGCCUCUGGGUCGCUGGGACUGCACAGCAGCUUUGGAGGAGGCGCAGUGGUGCAGCGCCCCCUGCUGGCUCAGAGGAGGCAGGAUGGCAGCGGUGGUCAGAGCGGGGUGGCUCCACACAAGCAUCUGAGCACGAGUUUGUCCAAACCGCCAUCGUCAGCAUCGCCGUCGCCCCGAGACAGAGCCAGCCAGGCGCUGAGCCUCCGCGCCCUUAACCUGCAGAGCGUCGGCAAACUGCCGCCCACGAGCGGCCUUCAAGGAAGCAACGCUAGCGGGGUGGCGGUAGCGAGAGCGAACCCACGGAGUAGUGGCAGUGGGAUGGUCGUAAAAGGAGGAGCGAAAGAUGCUCGCGCUGGAGGCGGAGCUCCAGAGCAGGGCAAGGACAAACUGACGGGUGGUGGCGCUGCUCGAGGGAGUAGUGGCGUGAGGCAGGACGGCCGUAAACACGCGCUCGGCUCUCAGAACAGGAACCUGAACGAGCUCAGCACCGGCGACUCCGACGAGACUAGCACCAGCGAGUCAGAGACGGAAGACGCUCUGUUUCCUAGCAACAGCAGACCCAGCCGCGGCAACAACGCCACCGACUCUGACACGGAGACGGACUGGAGGCCGGCGCGGAGCCUCCUGGAACACGUGUUCGUCACAGACGUCACAGCCAACUUCAUCACGGUGACGGUGAAGGAGUCGCCAACCAGCGUGGGCUUCUUCAGCUCCCGGAACCACUGAGCCGGCGUCCGCUCGCCUCCCAAAACAGCUCAGGGUUCCUACACCUCUCUGGAAAUCCAACACUCAGUCAUUCCCGGCGCCUCCAGGCGACGCUUCGGUUCCAAGACACAAAAACACGGUGGAGAGAUCGAGCAGGAAGCUCCUCACAGUCGGCAGUAGGAACCCUGACGUUCAGACCCCGUUCACACCUGUGAUCAGGCUGCAGUCCGCCGACCUUUAACCCGCAAACAGGUCACCUUCACAGGGUCAGAGGUCAGGCGACUUUCAUACCUUUUUAGACCUUCCUACCUUCCUGUUAGGACGGAAAAUGUAUUAAACAAAGUCGAUAUAACAAAAUGUUCCCUUCCUCUGAGGUAUAAUACUCUACGGCUGCCAGGAGGGGGCGCUAAUGUCGGGGCUCAGAUUAAGCUCAGAAAUAUUGAGUCGUCUGAUCGACAAACACAGUUUUAAACUAAACUAUGUGAAAACGUUUUUGUAUCUAAAGAUGAGAAUUUGUCCUCCACCUUUAAAAUGUAUCACCCUUCCAGGACCUGAAGCUCAGUCAAGCUGCACUCUGACAGCCAAACCAUCUGUUCUCUGAUUGGAUUGUUACAUUUGUGAUUCACACAUUGACCAAUCAGCUGAAAGGAAGAAAAAUUGGGUCAAAAUUUGUACCUGUAAGAUGAAAGUGACAGAGUGAGGGAGCGAGAGGUUUACGCUCCGGAUCUGCAACCUUAACAAAAAAAUGUGUAACCUGUGUAAAUACUUUUAGACACACAAAGUCUCAUCUAUAGAUGCACAAACACAACAUUUCUUUACAAAGUUCUAAAAAGAUUUGCAGCACAGUUUGACUCCACACUAAUGAACAGCUGAUUGCUGCCAUCAUGGAGGGAAAGUCUGUGUGUUCCUGCAGGGUCGUCCUCGCAGUUUAAAGUUUCGUACUGAGCACGCUCAGGGCGAGCAAACAAACAGCGGCUCAUUGUCUGCAUAUAAACACUCCGGCUCACCUCUGGUUUCUCUGUCUUAAACACAGAGCGUCAGGUGUUUGUCAGGAAGGUGUUCAGGUAUGAACGUAGGUCAGGCCCAACGCAGCUGAGACCAAACCAAAGUCAGGAUGAGGCUUUGAUGAUGUCGUAAAUAUGACGAGGAUGACAUCAACACAUUGAUUUCAUUGGCUAGAAGGUUGGCGCAGGCUUCUGCACCCUCUGCUUAAAAAGGAAGUGACGUCCUCCUCGGAGCUUCCUGAUCAGCUCAAGCUUCCACACAGACCAGCCAAAAAACCCUGAAAGACAGAAUUAUUGAUCCGAUUGUUUCUGCGCGACACGCCGCCCACAUCCACAGCUGCUGUCACUGACCCUCGGACUGUCACAGCGGCUCCGAGGUGUCGGCGGUCGCUUGGCGCGACGUGAAACCACGCCCCUAUGAGUUGGUUUGUUUCUCGUCCGAAAAUACUUUUUGUUCAGUCGCCCAAUAAAAGAUGAUGGAAACCGUCCGCUCGGUUUUUCUCACAUCGCUGAAGCGUCUCGGGUCGCGUCUCGGAUGCGUUUUGGUGCUACGCCGCUUCCAGCACAGUCCGACUAUUCUGGGUCCUCCAGGAGGCUUUGUGUGCUCGCCUCCUCUGCAGCUCUGAUCGGUGUCUAAACGGGGUCUGGACGCACAGGUGGACGUAGACAGCGCCUCAGGUUCCCCCUCACAGCAGGACUGUUGGCCCGCCGCUGGCAGGAUUAGCUCCAGUAGGAUGUUUGUGUUUGUUGGACGUACGCGGCUUCUUCCAGGGCAGCAUGUUUAAAAGUUUCCUCCAUCCGUCGUCUUUCAGUUCUCUCUGGACCAAAGCUCUUACGAAUGUGUCUCGUUCUCAGUGUGGUAUCGACAGUGUUUCUUGCACUACGUGCAGUAUAAGCUCAUGAGACAUCCCAUAAUCACUUCUAUAUAUGUACAUAUAUAUAUUUAGCAGUUUUGUACCAUUUGAAACCAUCGCCGUGUCUUUUGGAGGUGAAAUAUGUGUUAAUUUAUAUUUGUAAAUAUGUUUUUCAUGUGAUAUGUAAUGAUCUAUGCGGUGCUCAUUUUGGCGUCACGCACCUGUAGCCGGAAAUAAACCAGAAGCACCUGAAACUGUCUGUGCGCUGCCGUGUUUCACCACCAGGUGGCAGCGCUGCGCAGAGAGCGAAGUGGAUGCAGGUGCUCGCUGACGGGUUGAUGACCAGGAAAAGUUUUAAAUGAAUGCAGUUAACAGGAAGUUUGCAGGUCAUACGUAGGUCAUGUGAUGUCACACCAGUGACAUCAUCAGGUCACAUGGACGGAGCGUCCAACUGAGACAAAGCACUGUUAAUAAAUCAGCUCCUGUAAUAAUGUGAUGAACGCAGAAUUGAUUUUUCUUGUGUUAAAAAAGAAUUAACCUGUAAAUAAAAUUACAUAUUAAUAG